CAGCUUUUGCAACGGCCGCAGAAACCGAACUCAAAAUUCAAACUCACUCGCCAGGCUCUGAACCCUCGUCUUCCGCACCCCGAUACGUGUCCCCUCCUUCUCCCUUCUUCAAGGCGAAGCCCCAUCCAUGGCCAUGGCGUCCCGGGAAGGCGCUCGCGGCGACGACGCGUGGUCCGAGAUCUUGGCCAGUGGCGGCGGCGACGGCGGCGGGGCCCACAUCGGCGCGGUCUACGUGCGCCGCCGGGCGCAGGAGGCGUCGCGGCAGAGAAACGCGGACGCGAGGGUCAGCUUGGCGGCUGCCGAGAACCGGCCGAGCUUCGUGCCGAUCAGGAGGAACAGCUGGAACCGGGCGCUCUCCAUCAGAGGGCGGGAAAGUAUAUUUUUUGCCCCGGGCACAAAUAUCCAGCCUCAGCAGAAACCCAGCAGAGCGCUCAAACGACCACCAAAGCCAUGUAACAGAGAGAAAAAUACUCAUUGGGGGGCACCUGACUUGAGGAAAGAAAAAACUUAUUUUGAAGAAGUAGAUGCUUUUGAGUUGAUGGAAGAGAGCCCUUCACCCAAGAACUUCGGCACUUGGACUAGAGGAAUAGAGCAGAAUAUCACCGUGCAUGAUCUGUCUGCAAUAUUGGAGAGGUGGAAAAUCUCCAAGAUUGCAAGAUGUGCAACAUCCAGUCCCUUGUUUGAUAUCAUGGAAACCCCACUCUUACCAUCAGUCCUCAGUAACUGUAGCACUGAUAAAUAUUCUGGCGAGAGUUUUAAAACCCCUGAAAAGGAUAGAAUCUCAGGGAUGCACCCUACGAGAAGGACAAUCCCUUCAGGGUAUACUAUCAACAGUUUAAAGAACAUUUCAGCCGAAACCAGCAUUGACAAAUCCUUUAGUGAACUUAAGAUUAAGGAUGAACCCACGCGCACCAGCAUUCCAUCAUUAAGUGGUGAAGCUCUGACUGCCUUUGCACAACUUCUCAUGGUUUGCGGGCAAUCUGUACCAGCUACUUUAGGAGACGUUUUUUCUACUUAUUGCACAUUAGGCAGCAUAGUCAAGCUUGGCGAAGGAACGUAUGGGGAAGCCUACAGGGCUGGAAGCACUGUCUGUAAAGUGGUUCCCUUCGAUGGAGAUUCAUUGGUCAAUGGAGAGACUCAGAAGAAAUCAGAAGAAGUACUUGAGGAAGCUUUGCUUUGUCUAACACUCAAUAACCUGAGAUCGGACCGGGGGGCUAAGGGGAAAGAAUAUUCCUGCAAUGGGUUCAUUGAAACUAAAGACUUUUGGGUCUGUCAGGGACCAUAUGACCCAUCACUCGUUAGAGCUUGGGAAGAUUGGGAUGCUAAAUAUGUAUCUGAGAAUGAUCAUCCAAAUGUUUUUGCAAAAGAUCAGUGUUAUAUUAUCUUCGUACAAGCCGAUGGUGGGAGAGACCUUGAAAAAUUCUCUUUACUCGACUACAAUGAGGCUCGCAGUUUACUGCUUCAAGUCACUCUCUCCUUAGCUGUAGCUGAAAGUGCCUGCGAAUUUGAACACCGAGAUUUGCAUUGGGGUAAUAUUCUUUUGGCUCGAGAUGAAAUUCCAGACAAGAACCGCACAAUGACCGCUACUCUUCAAGGGAAGAGGAUUUGUGCUAGAACUUUUGGUUUGAGCAUCUCCAUAAUCGAUUUCACUCUUUCUCGGAUCAAUACAGGGGAUGCCAUUCUCUUUCUUGAUCUGUCUGAGGACCCUGAAUUAUUUAAAGGACUAAAAGGAAACAAGCAGGCAGAAACUUAUCGCAAAAUGAAACAGAUUACAAAGGAAUACUGGGAGGGCAGCUUCCCACAGACAAACGUUGUCUGGUUAAUUUACCUUGUGGAUAUUGUGCUACAGAAGAAAUACGAGACGUGCACCAGCAAGGACGAGAGGGACCUCCGGUCAUUCAAGAAACGGCUUUCUUCAUGUGGUUCUGCUAGAGAUUGCCUCGCAGAUCCCAUUUUCAGUGAUCUGCUGUCAGAAGAGGAAGAUGCCUAACCUUUCAUUAGUUUAGGAUUUAGCGUUUAUGUGCUUUUGAUUAGCUUACCUGCGAGAAAGAUGAUUAGAUUGCUUACAUGACUACUUGUAUAUAUCGAUGUAGUAUGUAAGCUAUGUGUUUGAUGCAGUCGAGCCUGCCCAUGGUAGGUCGCAGCAAGCAUUGAGCCCAGCACGCCGCUUGAGGCUGAGAUUUACGGAAGCAAGCGUUGAACCCGUAUGUUCAAGAUUACGUCGUGUACUUUGAUUUAUGAGGUGCGAAGCUACUGAGAAUCCUUUGAUC